AUGAAGAUCUCAUCAAAGCCCUCCCACCGAUUUGGGGUCUUGAGGAUCGAGUUCGAGGAAGAGGGGUGGAUAAUUACAGUGGAUCAAUGGAAGCCGAAUCCUGGACCAGAUUUCCUCAACUUGAUCCCGUUCUGGAUAAGAAUAAAAGGUUUGCCCAUCCACCUACUGAAAAAACAAGCUAUCGAAAGUCUCAUAUCUCCGUUGGGAAUGGUGGGUGCGGUUGAGCUACAUGCCAAGAACUCGGACUCUGUCGAAUAUGUUCGGGCUCAUGCUAUGAUCCCAGCUGAUAAACCUCUCCAAUUUAGGAAAUUGGCGAGAUUCUCCACAGGGGAACACAUCCAAACCGAGCUGAUUUAUGAAAAACUACUCAAAGUGUGUUUCACUUGCAGGAGACUCACUCAUGAUCAAGCAACAUGUCCCUACCAAAUCAAUGAAGCUCAACCAUCUGUUGCCGAUAGGAGCAAGUCAGCCUCUCAGGUUAGAGCUGAUAAAUCUUCAAAGUCUAAAGGUAAAGGGAAAGAAGUUGUAGAUGUCAAACCUCGAAGAGCCUCCAAAAAAGAUCAAGAUGGUGCCUCCAGUUCUCAAACGAAGUCACAAUCAGAUGGGCGCAGGAAAGGAGUUAAGGAAAGACUUCAAUGGCAACCAUCAUCCUCUCAACCGACUCAACAGGUUUGGCGGAGAAAAGAAAUCCAAUCCGCUACGACAGGGGAAGGUGGGAGCACGGCUAGCAAUAGAGAAUCAUUUUUCUCCUCCCAAAUGAGAAACAAAUCAAGUGAAAGUGAAGCCUGGAAGGAGCUAAAUUCUGAAGACCCCACACGAUCUGGAUCCUACCACUUGUCCUCAGUUUUUGAAAGAUCGGGGGACGCGAAUCAGGGAUCUGGAGACAAAGGAGGUGAUCACUCUCCAACCACACCUGGAGAAAGAACCAAGAUAAGCCAAAGUGACUCUUUCUCGAAUGAAGAAACCCCCAACCUGUAA